UCCGUCUGCUCAGGCUUCAGAGGGCAGACAACGCUCAGACCUUUAAACAUUUAUCCUCACACUCAGGAUGGCAGGGGAGUGUGUUCCAUGUGAGGGUCCAGACCUGAAGAAGAUGGGUGAGGAGGAACUAUGGGAACUGAUAAAUGACAACCGCCACCGGAUCUCAUUAGGGGUACGGCCAUGCAUCUUGAUCCCGUACCUGAGGCAGGCCAGGGUGCUCACGGAGAUGGACGAGGACGAGAUCGUCUCCUGCCACAACCUCACUAACCGCUGCAUGAGAACCAGCUACAUGCUUGAUCUGCUGAGGACUCAGGGGAGGAAUGGUGCUGUGGCCUUACUGGAGAGCUUGAUGAUCCACUAUCCCACCCUGUACACCCAAGUCACUGGACGCAAACCCAGCACUGAGCCCUCAAGAUUCAGCGGUCUGAUAAAGUACUCCGAGUUGACGGAGUACCUGGUGAGAGCAGUGACAGGGAUGCAGAAGGAGCUCCAGGAGGCUCGUCGUGAGGUCGGCAGAAUGACCACUCGCUGCACCUCCCUGGAGUCAGAGAUUAGGCAGGUUACUGAGCAGGAGGAGAAAUCCAGAUGCAUUCAGGCUGAUAGUGAACGCAUGCGUAGGCAUUUGUGCUCUCUGCAAUGCGAGGUCACCAAGUUGAAGGAUGAGAAGUGUGACUUGUACGUGCGCUACACAGCAGCCAUCGAGGAGAAAUCGGCUGUGACCAAGCGUCUCCAUGACCUCAACCUGCAGGUGUACCAGCUGCAAACGGAGCUGCAGAGACUCCAGCUGGAGAGUAAGUUGCAGAAGCAGUGCUCGCUCAGACGUACCUCUUUUGCCAAAACACCACAACUGCAGGAGGAGGUUCAGAAGCUGCGCUGCCAGCUGAUGAAAGCAGAACAACUGGACCCAGCUCAUCAGGACAUCCUGGCCCAGGACCUGGCUGAGGCCAUCGACAGCCAGGUGGAGCUUGCAGAGCAGCUCAGGUGCUACAGAGAGGAGAAUGAACAGCUGCACAUGGACAAACAAGGGCUCAUGGACCAGAAGGAGGGUCUGAGCCUUCAGGUGCAGCAGUUAACCCUGGACUGUAACAUGCACCAGCAGAAGACCACCAUGAUCCACAAUCAGUUGAGGGAGCUGCAGGCCGAGAGAGACCAGGCGUACCAGUCCAGAGACGAGGCCCAGGCCAUGAUCGCCCGCAUCCUGGCUGAGAAGGACACCCUGAGGUGCCAGCUGGUGGAGCUCCGGGAGAAGACCUUCAGCCUGCAGGACAAACGCAGCGCCAGGGAGCAGCAGCAGAGCUCUGAGGAGGCGGAUGACGACUGGGCGAGCCCGGGGUCCAGCUUUGAGGAAUGCCCAAACUCAAACAGACGGAGACUUUGCCGCAUGGACGCAAUCAAUCCCAUGUCACUGAGUUCCUGCCAGUCAGACGUUUGUAGUGAAGAUCCUGCAGCAAGUAGUGUCCGAUCCCGAACCGCAGAGCCACCCAGUUCAGAUUCCCUCCGCAAAAGAGAUGAAAUACUACAUGCAGACAACAGUUUUGAAACAAUGGAAUCCGAUUCUUUAUUGGACGACUUCAUUUUCCUCCCCAACAUGGGGAUGGAAGACAUGCCGCCACCCAGGCUGUGCUCCUCUAAUGGCUCCAAGUCUGACGGCCUUUCACAGACUUCAGUCCCUCCCUUCCUGAUGCGCACCCGUCCGAAAGCUAUCCGCAUCAGUGGCCGAGUUGUCAGCAUCUCCUUCCAGGGGGAGGCAAUGCUCAGCCAGCUGGUGGUUGUGGGGGGGAAUAAGACAGGAGUGUUUGUACACCAGGUGACAGAAGGGAGCACUGCUCACACAGUUGGCAUCAGCCCAGGGGCACAGAUAGUGGAGGUGAAGUACGAGCAGAACCAGAAGGCUCUGAAGAUGGUGCUGGAGGACUCCACUUUAGAAGAAGCUAUGUGGGCUCUUGGCCAGGUGACAGGCCUCUGCCACCUCUCCCUGCGCCCCAGGCAAGAUGAAUAUGAGGCCCUGCUGCAGCAGCUGCACAACAGUGAGAUAUCAUCAGGAGACUCCUUCUAUGUCCGCGUCAACAUGUCUCUGCCCGCUGGCCCCAACACAACCCUGGCUGUGUCCUGCGACAACAUUCUGCAUGUGACCAACACGCGACCCGCUGACACUGAGGACGCAUGGCAGGCCAGCCAAGUUCACCCCUGCCAGCUACUGGACCUCCAGAGUGGAACUGUACCCAACUAUUACAGAGCACAAAGACUUCUGAUUCGAGCUAUUGAGGAAAUGAGUUUUCAAACAAAGAAAUCUCUCAAGGGGCGUGUGGUGGCCCAGAAUAAAGAGAAAGAAGUGAGGAUUGUGAGCACCGGGCGUCAGGGCAGGAACCCACUGUGGGUCAGUGUGGAGGAUGACAGCUCAGCUGAUGCAUCUAGACCCAAAAGUUCUGUAUCCCUCAUGCCCUACACCCUGGUCACCCCCCACUACCCACCCGUCUGCAGACCCGUCCUGCUGCUGCCCACCGUCCUGGGACGCAUCCUGGACAAGAAGCUGGCAGGGUGGAAGGGCUUUCAGCUCUGUGAACCUGAGAAGUUGAACUCCUGUGAGCACGCAGCCCGGCUGCAGAGGUCUGAGAUCCUGGAGGAGUGUGAGCAGGGACAGCACAACUGCUACACCCUGCAGAGUGUUGAGAAAGUCAUGAAGAAGGGGAUUCACUGUGUGCUGCCCCUGGGCCUGGACUGUGUGCGGCGGCUGCACCGGGCCGAUAUCUUCCCUAUCAUCAUCUACAUCGGCCAGUCUGCACGGAGUGCACGUAAACUGAGGUCAAAGCUGCAGCGCCAUGGCCAGUCGGAGGAGCAGCUCCUGGCGUGCUCAAGGAGCGAGGAACCGCUGCUGGACAAGCUGCCUUGUCUGUAUCACAGCGUGGCAUCAGACUCGUGGUGUGACCAGACGUCCCUGCUGACCAGCCUGCGCACCGUCAUCUGGGAGGAGCAGAGGAAGAUCGUCUGGGUGGAGCCUGAUCUGUGGUGAAAGAGAAAUAUAAAGAAACAAUAGAAAAUAUUAUUUUUAAAAGGGCUUUUUAUUACGAUUGUAGAGUAUUAAGAAUGUAUUGAUUCGAUAGAAGUACUUUACAAGUGAUAUUUUUGUAAACAUGAG